ACGGCAGGGCUGCCCAGCUCCAAUGCGUCAUUCGGACGAGUGAAUCCAAACAGGAAAGCAGCAUGGACGGCAGCAACCCCCCCAAGAAGACGCUGAGCGCGACGGCCAAGGAAUUCUCCUUCAACCCCGGUGCCACUACUUGGACGCCGCCCGCGUCCUUCACGCCACCGCCCCCGGCUCCCGCUCCGGCUCGCGCUUUUGACGUAGCAAUGCCCGUUCCUAAGAAGGGUGGUGCUGCUGUGCUUGGCGCCAAGCCUGCGGCCGCUCCGGUCCCGGCUGCCCCUGCUCCGCCUGCUGCUGAGCCCGUGGCCCAGCUGGAGGAAAAGGUGCAGGAGCUGGCCGUCGAAGAGAAGAAGGAGGAGCCUAAGGCUGAAGAACCCAAGGAUGAGGAGCCCAAGGAGGAGGCCGCUGAGGAGGAGGAAGAUACAUUCGAAGAGGAGGAAGAAGUCGGUGAUGAGGACCCGCGUGAACACCUCAACGUUGUGCUCAUUGGCCACGUCGAUGCCGGCAAGUCCACACUGUCCGGCAACCUGCUGUACCUCAUGGAUAUGGUGGAUAAGCGUACUAUCGAGCGUUACGAGCGCGAGGCCAAGCAGCGGAACCGUGACAGUUGGUUCCUGGCCUACAUCAUGGACACGGGCGAGGAGGAACGUGCCAAGGGUAAGACCGUGGAGGUUGGACGUGCUCACUUCGAGACGGAAACUCGUCGUUUCACGAUUCUGGACGCUCCCGGACACAAGAACUACGUGCCCAACAUGAUCCAGGGUGCGUCGCAGGCCGAUGUGGGUAUCCUCGUGAUUUCGGCCCGUAAGGGUGAGUUUGAGACGGGUUUCGAGCGUGGUGGACAGACCCGUGAGCACGCUAUGCUGGCCAAGACUCUGGGUAUCAACAAGCUCAUUGUCGUGAUCAACAAGAUGGACGAGUGCAACUGGGGUCAGGAACGUUACGAUGAGUGCGUCACCAAGCUCCGUCCGUUCCUGCGAAUGUGCGGAUUCGCUGUCAAGCGUGAUGUCGCCUUCAUCCCCGUGUCUGGACUGCAUGGCGACAAUGUCAAGGUGCGCGUGGACAAGUCUAAGGCUCCGUGGUACGAAGGCGAGUCGCUCAUUGACCACAUGGACACGAUGCACAUUGGCAACCGUAACCCGGAUGGCCCGAUGCGUGUACCCAUUCUGGACCGCUACGCCGACCGCGGCACCAUUGCUCUGGGUAAGGUGGAGUCGGGUAUCCUCAAGACUGGCCAGAAGGUGCUGCUGAUGCCCACGAACACUACGGCUGUUGUGAACCAAGUAUAUAUUAACGAGCAGCCUGUGCGCACGGCCAAGCCCGGUGAGAACGUGACGAUUCGUCUGUCUUGCGGUCUUGACGACGUCCAGAAGGGAUUUGUUCUCUGCGGAAUGAAGGAGGAGACCCCACCUCGCGCCAUUCACGCGUUCGCGGCUCAGAUUGCGCUGGUGGACACACUGGAGCACCGUCCGCUGUUGACUGCUGGUUACAAGUGUAUCCUCCACAUCCACACUGUGGCUCAGGAGUGCGUGAUCGCGAAGUUGCUGCGUCCUAUUGACCCGAAGACGGGCAAGCCGGUAAAGAAGCACGUGACCUUCAUUAAGCAGGGCCAGUCGGUGGUCUGCCGGAUUGAAGUGGAGCAGAGCAUCACGAUCGAGACGUUUGCCAACAUGCCGCAGCUGGGCCGUCUCACCCUUCGUGACGAGGGUAAGACGAUUGCCAUCGGAAAGGUGCUGGCGCUCGAGAAAUAAGCAACUCCCAUGUCUGAACUGUAAGCGGGCAAUGAAUACGAGGAGGCAAGAGAGUCCGCUCAUGAGUGAUGCUUCUUGUUGAAGCAGGAUAGACAGGAGCAAGAGCUGCAUAGCUGUGUGCGAGCUCCUGACGGUACACCAGGCGCUUCAUGUCACUUCCAGUUGAGCUGCUGGAUCGGCCGCUUGUCUUGUGUAUAGCUAUGUUCUCCACAGCUCAGCAAGUGGCUGCCGCGUAAAGGAAAAGAAAAUGCAUGUAGCUGUCACUUUGGCA